AUGACUACCACAGCAUCAGAGACCACGCGCCUACACAUCACUCCUUUCACUCCAGAUCUCUUACCCUCUGUACUACCGUCUUCGGUCCGACCGUCUGCAACAGAUAUCUCUUUCCAUAGCAUUCCAACAUUUCCCGAGAACAAUUACGGCUACGUGACACUACCGACAAUGGAAGCGGAUAAGAUCAAAAAGAAACUCAAUGGUUCAAUUCUGAAGGGAAGAAAGUUUAGAGUCGAGACUGCACGGUCGCCGAAACGACAAGAAGUGGAAGUUGAAGCCGACACUGUCAAGUCCACCACCAAGACUACGUCCGACAACGUAUCCAAAAAGCGCAAGGCCCAUGACAACGUUCUCGAUGGAUACGAGCUUCCGUCCGGCCGUCAGGUGAAAAGAGGGUGGACAGAGUCUACCAAUGCCAAGAACGAGAGACGUAAGGGUGAAAAGAUGAAGAAGGGAAAGGAGGAGAAAAAGUCAAAGACCCAAGCAAAAUCGAAGUAUACUGAGAAAUCAGAGUGCCUCUUCCGAACCAAGUUACCCAAGAACCGAUCUGCGUCUCCCGAUGAGAAGCAGGAAAAGCAGGCCAAGAAGAAAAAAAAAUCUCCCCAGGAAUCCGUUGUCCAUGAGUUCGCCACAACUAUCACCCAACCGAGCUUCUUACGGUCGGAAGGAGAUGGAGCAGCACCCACAUCUGCGUUUGAGGAAGGCAAAGGUUGGAUAGACCAUACAGGAAACCUGAAGGAGACGGUUAGUGAUCGUUUGAGAAAAGACCAAUAUCGGCCGGGGCAAGUCGCCGGGGCUAAAGAGAAGCGAAAGUCGGUGAAAGCUCCUACAACGGCGCAGGAGACACAUCUUGAGAAAGCCAAGGAUGACAAAAUUGACUCGGCAGACGAGUCAGAAGAUUGGACUUCUUCUAGUGGGACGACGUCAUCUGAUGACAGCAGAACAGACUCAGAAAGCGAAGACAGCAUGUCGUCUGCAUCUUCUGAAUCAGGCGCAUCUUUCAGCCAAGACGAACAGCAACAAUUACAUACAUUGCCGGUAAAGGGAGAGGCGUCUUCUCCUCCGAAGACUGACGAGCCUGAAGUACCUGGUAGUGCUCCGCCCUCUGCGGAAACGACUCAUGGAACGGCUUCCAAGGAUGUGCACCCCUUAGAAGCCCUUUUCAAGCGGCCAGCUGUCGAAUCUUCAGAUAGCAAACCCGCCCCGGAAACUAACACCCAAUUCAGCUUCUUCGGACAGGACGACAUCGAAUCUGAAGAAGAGGAAGAGCAGAAUAAGGAGCCGCAGACACCCUUCACAAAGAAGGAUCUACUAAGUCGGGGAUUACGAAGUGCUGCUCCUACACCAGACACAGUCUUGAUCAACCGAAAAUUCGAUUGGAACAACGAUGAUUCUGAUGCCAUGGAAGUGACUGAAUACACAGACACUCCCAUUACUAGGUCUGAAACUAAGGCAGGCUUGAAAGAGGAUUCGGAAUUCACCAAAUGGUUUUGGGAGAAUCGUGGAGAUAAUAACCGUGCCUGGAAGAAGCGCCGGCGCGAUGCUGCCAAGGAACAAAGACAACGAGAGAACCGCAGAAAGGGAAUGAAGGGCAAAUCCUGA